AUGACAGACGAGGAAUUUGAUGCUCUUCCGUGUUGGUCGGAUGUCGAAGGUGAUCCAACAUACAACACCAGAUAUCAUCUGAGACACGCUACAAGCGAUUCAGUGCGUCCAAUUGUCCAUGCACAAGCCUCUUUAUCAGGGAAGUUCAGACCGACGCCCCUAAACAUUCCGCCUGGCUUUUCACCAACUCCGCAAUUUAUCGGGGCAUGCGAUACUGUAUGGUUUUCAUCAUCAGACGAAUUUGUCUCAGAUAACCAAGAUGAGCAGCCGCUGCCAGACAGGGCUUCAGCCACAAGCGUCUCCACAAGCCCGCGUUUGAUUGGAACCAUAGAUGGAACUUCCUUCUUGGAGCUGGUCGAUACAAGACCGCACUCACAUGUUGACCAUGUACAGCAUUUGGCAAGGCGUUCGAAAUCUAUGCAAGAUAACCCGAGUGCCCUUAUCUCGUCUAACACUGAUGAGUGGAGCGUUUACCAUAUCGGGGAUAGAAUGUUACCACGAAACUUACUGCCUGAGCCCAUUGCAAAGACUGAAAGUGGCCAAAGGGGAGCAUGGAUUGUUACUCCGGGUCGGCCAUCAAAAUCAAUUUCCGAAAUCGCCAGAACAUUGUCUAGUCGCAGAGCUGAAGCUCCUUCGACAUCACACCUGAACGAAAUCGGCCCUGAACUGGAUAAUUUGACACUCACUGAUUCAGUACAACUUCGUUUACGAGGCGGAGCCGAUUCAGAGGAUGAAGAAUACUCUGAAAAGAAAUACGCACCGCCUUCAUCUACACUCAGCUCGCUACCUUCAAUAAGAUCGACAUAUCCUUCCCCUCAAGAAUGGUUACAGCGCCUAUCGCUUCAAGGUGACCACGCAACUACGCCCUUCGAUUAUUCGCGUGCUACAAGGAUACUGGGUCUUGAACAAGGAGCAUCACCUGGCUUCGUAUCAUCAGCCACUUUGCAGGUGCCUGACUCUUCAAAUACGCGUGGAUCUGGUGUAUGGUCGUCUUCCGAGACCUUGACAAAUCAAUCUCUACAGGAACGCAUGCCAAACUAUUCGCAUUUACAUCCAUCACAACCCCGUUCAUCCGCUGGCGGGGAGGACGGCGAACUUAGGCGUUGUCCCAUGGUGAUUCGCGAGGAACCUCCUCCUGUUAUUCGAGUGAUCCAGCCCCGAUCAAGCGUAUCCCAAACUGUUAAAUCCAACUUUCAGGAGCUGCUUUCAGAUAAUGAUCUCGGCCCACCCUACCCAGGCGACGGUGGCCGUCUUCCCGCGCCACCACCUCUGGUAGAUGAUUCUCGCGAUCCAGACAUGGACCUUGCCCCCCGCAUCGUCAUGAAUCCUAGCAUGCCCACGCGUUCAAAUUUACCGGUCGAACGAUUUCUGUAG